GGAGAUUCGUUGUCAAUCAAAGAGGGGUGGGCUUUAGUGAUAGGCGUUCCGAGCAACCCAAGAGCCGAGUAGUUGAUCCUGACAAGCAACCUGAAGACAUGUGUGGAAUCUUUGCCUAUCUCAACUACCACGUGCCAAGGACACGGCGUGAGAUCCUUGAGAUCCUCAUCAAAGGUCUCCAACGUCUGGAAUACAGAGGCUACGACUCUGCUGGUGUGGGAAUUGAUGGAGGAAACAAUAAGGAGUGGGAGUCCAACGCAAAGUCCAUCCACUUGAUCAAACAACGUGGAAAAGUGAAAGCUCUCGAUGAGGAGAUCCACAAAGAGCAGGAUAUUGACCUGGAUGUGGAGUUUGAUGUUCACCUUGGCAUCGCUCACACUCGCUGGGCAACGCACGGUGUGCCGAGCCCAAUGAACAGUCAUCCACAGAGGUCUGACAAGAACAACGAGUUCAUUGUGAUUCACAAUGGAAUCAUCACCAACUAUAAAGACCUAAAGAAAUUCCUGGAGAGCAAAGGCUAUGAGUUUGAGUCAGAGACUGACACGGAGUCUAUUGCCAAGCUGACAAAGUACAUGUAUGACAACCGGGAGAAUGAUGACCUAAGUUUUGCCACAUUGGUUGAACGUGUUAUCCAGCAACUGGAGGGGGCUUUCGCCCUGGUCUUCAAGAGUGUCCAUUACCCCGGGGAGGCCGUUGGAACAAGGAGAGGAGGUCCUUUGCUCAUGGGCGUUCGCAGUGAUCACAAGCUGUCCAGUGAUCACAUCCCUGUGCUGUACCGCUCCUCUGGUAAAGACAAGAAGAGCUGCAAUUCCAUCCCCAGGACAGACCAGGACACCUGCCUGUUCCCUGUAGAUGAGAAGGCGGUGGAGUACUUCUUUGCCUCUGAUGCCAGCGCUGUGAUCGAGCAUACAAACCGCGUGAUCUUCCUUGAGGAUGACGACGUGGCUGCUGUGGUGGAGGGCCGCCUGUCCAUCCACAGAAUAAAGCGCAGCGCAGGAGACUACCCAGCCCGUGCAAUCCAGACCCUGCAGAUGGAGCUGCAGCAGAUCAUGAAGGGCAACUUCAGCGCCUUCAUGCAGAAGGAGAUCUUCGAGCAGCCAGAAUCUGUGGUGAACACCAUGAGAGGGAGAGUCAAUUUUGACGACAACACAGUGAUAUUGGGUGGCCUGAAGGACCACAUCAAAGAAAUCCAGAGGUGUCGCAGGCUCAUCCUCAUUGCCUGUGGAACCAGCUAUCAUGCUGGUGUGGCGACCCGACAGGUUUUGGAGGAGCUCACUGAGCUGCCAGUCAUGGUGGAGCUGGCCAGCGACUUCUUGGACAGGAACACACCCGUCUUCCGAGAUGAUGUCUGCUUUUUUAUCAGCCAGUCAGGGGAGACUGCGGACAGCCUCAUGGCCCUGCGCUACUGUAAGGAGAGGAGUGCUCUGACUGUGGGCAUCACCAACACAGUGGGCAGCUCCAUCUCCAGGGAGACGGACUGUGGGGUCCACAUUAAUGCUGGACCAGAGAUUGGAGUUGCCAGCACCAAGGCUUACACCAGUCAGUUUGUGGCCCUCAUCAUGUUUGCUCUGCUGAUGUGUGACGAUAGGAUUUCCAUGCAGCCCAGACGCCGAGAGAUAAUCCAGGGCCUAAGAGUGCUUCCAGAUCUGAUUAAAGAGGUCCUCAGUUUGGACGAUGAAAUUCAGAAAUUGGCAGCAGAGCUGUAUGAGAACAAGAGUGUACUGAUCAUGGGCAGAGGUUACCAUUAUGCAACAUGCUUGGAAGGAGCUUUGAAAAUCAAAGAAAUCACCUACAUGCACUCUGAGGGAAUCCUGGCAGGAGAGCUGAAGCAUGGUCCUCUGGCUCUGGUGGACAAACUAAUGCCAGUCAUCAUGAUCAUCAUGAGAGACCACACCUACACCAAGUGUCAAAAUGCCCUGCAGCAAGUGGUUGCUCGUCAGGGGCGUCCCAUCGUCAUCUGCGACAAAGACGACCAGGAGACCAUCAGAAAUUCCUGUCGCUCCAUCAAAGUACCUCAAUGCGUAGACUGCCUGCAAGGCAUCCUGAGCGUCAUCCCCCUGCAGCUGUUGUCCUUCCACCUGGCUGUCCUCAGAGGAUACGACGUGGAUUGUCCAAGAAACUUGGCCAAGUCAGUGACUGUGGAGUAAACGGCUGUUACCACCCACCGCAUGUUUAAACACUGAUAUCAAUGGAGCAUCUGGGGACAAGAUGGAUGUUUCCUGUCAUUUCUCUUUUUAGUGCAACCUUUUAGCAAUGCUCUGUUAAAUAAUCUGCAUCUCAUUGUUUUGUUUUUUAAAUUUUCUAGAAGUCUUUAGCGUGAUGAUUUUUGUUGAUAUUUUGUCUUUGGUGGCAGGGACUGGCUGGCAGAUUCAUCCGAUAUUUUUAUUUCUUUUGUAUUCUGUUUGUUCUCCUGCAGCUUACCUUUCUGCUUAAAAACCUAUGAGCAAGCCUUCCAUGUUUAUUUAUGUUAAUUGGUAUUUAUUGGAGCUUUUGUUAAAUUCACUGACUAGGAGACGUGGAAAGCUCACCGGCUCGUCUUUUCUUUGCGUGCAAUAAUAGCUUACUUGGAAUAUUUUGCUUUGGCAGCUAAUCAUUUACUGUAGAAGUAAAAAACAGUCUUGAAUCAUUCCAAAGUUUCUAACCCCGUUUGGAUUUUUUGUUUUCUUGGAUUUCUUUAGAGAAAAUCCGACAUACUUGCAGAGAACCAUCGCUAGAGAACAGGUGUGGAAAGAAGAUUGUUUAAAAGGAUCCAGCGAACAUAAAAAGCCAUUUUCUUUCUGUAGAAACCCACUUCUGCAAAACUGUCUUCAUCUGCAUCUGAUGAGUUUUAGUGUCAUACUCACAUCUUGCCUUUUUUUUUUUCUUUCUUAAAGAGAUUACCUUUUUCUUUUUUUAUUAAGUUUUUUGGUUUAAAGUAAAAUCUCAUGUAAUCCAAAUAAGGAAAACGUUACUGACAUGAAGUUGAAGUUGCACUCGGUUUUUUCAGCUCACCUGCCGCCACAUCUGCCGCCACUGCUGGGACCAUUUGUAGUCUGUUUAGUUCUUGUUUUCCCCCCUUUUUUUUAAAAUGGGUUUUAUUUUAUGUAGACAUGCUUAAAGGUUCUUUUAAAGUGAAUGUUGCUGUCAUUUAAAUUGUCAAACCAAAAAUCUUGGAUGUCUUUAGCAGUUGUAAACUCAGACGUGUUUUUGUAGCCAGACUGUGCUGCUGCUCUUAGUCUUAGACUCAGAUAUGAAGACUAUUUAGGACCCAAAGGGGGACAAAUAUCUGUUGCUCUACCCGUGUCACAAUGGUUUCUUUUUACUAAUGGUAUAUUGUGUGUCUGAAACAAUGAAGUAGCAGCUGUGGAGACACCUUUGCAAUCAAGCCUUAAAAUUAACAUUAAAUUGCUUUUUGAGCUAGCAAAAGGCUUUGGAAACUGAACUAUGAUGUUACAGGUAUGUUUGUUUUUUAGCCCCACCCUCCUUUCCUUUUCCAAUGGAUGUGUUGGCUUAAGCAUUUGGCACCAUUAAAUGAGAAUGUUGGGUUAGUUGAAAUGAUGCAAUAAAUUUUAAAAUACAUCUCAUCUAAAA